UUUCAUUUCUUCAACCCCAGUUCGACAACUCCACAGCUCCCCAAUGCCGUCAAUGGCAAUACACAUCGCCCGGAAAGCACCACAUCCACUCGUCCUGGCCUUGUGUCUGCUUGCACUCGCCACCAACACCCUCAGCGAGACCAACAACGCCCGUCCUCCACAGCAUCACCACGAACCCAUCCUCUCGGGCGCAUUGUUUCCCGAUGCACUCCCCACACAGCGAGUCACCGCCAAGGAGCCCUGUCCAACCGGAUGUGUUGAACACAAAUCAGGGAUCUACUUGGCCGUAACGUCCAUCGGCGAUGGUUUCCCCCGGGUUCAAUUCACAUGCACAGGCCCUCAGCAUUCUCAACCCACAGCACAAGCUUGCAAUCAAGGACUCGAACAAGGACAGAAAAACGACUAUCCAGCACAACAAAAAGGACGAGGACGGGGACUAGACGUCGCCGGCGUUGAUCAACAAGACCAUGUGCACGACCCAGCGGAACCAACUCCCGAACCCACUCCAUUAGCACAUCAUGGAUGCAGACAAGAACUCGAGGGCAGUGCGACAGAUUACACCAUAACUCCAUGCAGUCAACACUCGGAAGGUUCACCCCACUCGCAUACAGAAAAUAAGGGAUCGAGAUCAGAAUCAGAGUAUGAACACCGUUCCGCCUUUGCUGAUUAUAUGGACUAUGGUCAUACAGGAGCCGAGUACUACCAGCAGCAGCAUGAUGGAUUCAUCUUUAGCCCCCGCGAGCGAGCGUCAGCGGAAACAGAGCUGCAUACAACGACGCUCACUUACAGCGAUGACCCGCAUCCUACGCCCAAAUCGAUUCAUUACACAAACAAAGGUUUCCCACAUCAACAGCACAGCCAUCACCGCUAUAAUCCACAUCAACAACAAAAACAACAGCAUGCAGGGUCUGUGUCGGUUUCAGAAGAUAGGACGCAGGCAUCAUCGCGCGACGAGGCCAUUAUGCCAGAGCCUAUGGUGUCCAUCCUACAGCCAACGCCCGUUGCAGACAGCGUCCGCAGCAGCGCUCACGACCCAAGCGGGAGAUUGCAUUUGCAAACCGAGGAGCAGAAGGCAGGACCCCCACCUCCUGUCCCAGAACCUACGCCUGAACAUACCAUUGCUGGGUCAGACAUGCUUCAUCGUCGAGACCACGAUGCAGAGCAGCUUCAUUCUCACAAGCAGCACCCGCCUGCAGGGCUACGUAGCGAUGAUGGCCAUGGUCAUGGCCAUCCAGGCGAAGUAGAUGCCCAGGAGAAUCGUAGGAAAAGGACGGUUCGUCGAGUUACAACGUUGAUCAUCGAGACACAAACAAUUAUUGGACCGCCCCGCGCCACGAUGCCAGCUCACCUGAAAGCAGAGUCUCGUACGAAGCCGAGCCGGAGUCUAGGUGACCAUCCGAUGUUUGACGCAGGUGUCGAGGGUGACAUGGUGGCCUCGAUUGUCCAUUCCGAGCAGGGAUUGCGUCAGGAGCAUGAUCCGCCCCGUCGUCAUGUAGAAAGGAACAAAGAAAAGAAACCAGCAACGUUGAAAUAAAGGAAAUAAAGG